UCAACUUCUAUUGCAAAAAAAUCCAAACAUGGGAAACUGCUUAGUUGCUGAGCAGAAAUCUGUGAUCAGUGUGAUGAAAACAGAUGGAAAGAUCAUUGAAUACAAAUCUCCAAUCAAAGUCCACCAGAUUCUGUGUGAAUAUUCUCACCAUGCAAUCACAGAUAAACUCCCUGUAGUGAAACACUUGCAUCCCAACACCGAGCUGCUUCGAGGCCGCUUGUACUAUCUUCUUCCCUUGCCCGUGCCUGCGAAGAAGAAGAAGAGGGUGCGUUUCUCUGAUGAUGUGGUGGAGGAAGAGAGAAGACGAGGCACAGGGGCCGUGAGGAUCAAGGUUGUGAUCAGCAAGAAAGAGCUGCAGGCAAUGCUUGCGAAAGAAGGAGUUUCGGUUGAAGAGAUGAUCACUGAGGUGCGGAAAGAGCCACUCAAGAUCGAUAGCAAAAGCAUCGGCCUCAAAGGGCUGGAGAGUAUCCCUGAACUGGACUAGUUCUUGGAAAUCUAUCUCCAUUUUAAUUACCAGCAGCUUCAGUUGUAGGACAAAAACAAGAAAAAUAGAAUUAUAAGUAUAGAUACGGAUCAUGUAGCAGGGAGGACAGUUUUCAACUUUUUGGUUUGAUCAGAAAUGUAAAAUAUACUACUACUAGUUUGAUACAUGAAUUAGUAUACAAUCCAAAUCCAUUGGGUUUUUCAAGAUAA